AAUGAAAUUGUCGAAAGGUUAAGGCCAAAAGCAAUUGUAAUCGAAGGUUUUUAAUGUUUAAAUGCUAGGACUUUAAUGUAUUAACCUUUCAUGUAUGUAUGUAAAGAAAUGUAUUGGCGUAAAUGCUCGAAAACGCAAUAUAUUCGUAUUUGUUUGGGACAAAAAUAUACAAAUUGGAUAAUGACCUAACUAGUGUAUGGAUAAUGCCAAACUAACAUCAAGAAGUCGAUGGAUAAUGACCAAACUGCCAGAUGUCUUUAUGUCAGUUUGGAUUUAUCCAUAAAGUGAAAUACCCGUCCUGCAAACACAUGAUUUUAAAACAGAAACACACUAGAUGUUAAAAGGAAAAUUUUAUAGGACAUUCCUGAUAUAAUUUGGCAUAUCUCUGUUACAGUUUCGUUCGCUCUUUUGUCAAUUAACGUGUAAAUAAUUCAACACAUAGGUCGCAUUUCAUGUCAAUUAGCAUUUUUCGAAGACAAAUUUAUCGUGUUUUUACUAGAAAACUAUUAAAUCAUUGCACAAUUCAAAAUGCCUGUGUGUGUCAGACAUUCACUAUCACAUAUGUAGAAAAAUUACGUCAUUGUAGUAACUAAAUUAGCAGAAAUUAUAAAAUAGUCAUCUACCUUUCAGUUUCGGCCAACAUUUUUUCUUCAGUUUGAAUUAUCCAACUGAGUUUGGAUUAUCGACGUACAGGGGGUGAGACAGGCACGUUUGAAUAAUUAACGUCAGUCCGCCAUCAAUUGAAAUAAUUUGCAUAUAUACCCUUUGCAAUCAAUUUUAUGGAUUUAUGUAGUACUGUAUAUACCCGGUACUCGGUUUGAAUGUGUCGACCAAUGCUGUGGACGUAUUUUAAUUAAUAUUCUUAAACUUACGUCAUGUAUUUAUGUUCAUGGACAAAAAUGUGAAAAGCUAUAAUAUAGGGUAUUUGUUUUGUCACAUUUUUAAAUUAUGAGAAGUCGGGUAAAGGCCUAGUUUUUUCGUGAAACUUGAAAUUGUAUGUAACCCUAGAGUUACACAAGUGCACGGGGUUGCUGUCAAGGAUUCUAAAACUGUCGACUACUAAAUUCACAGGUCCAAAUAUAGUUUGCCGAACGAUUACUGUAAUCAAGUGUUUACUAAAAAUUCAAAAUGUCAAGUGCUUCCAGUUGCGUUAGCUACCAUAUUUAGAAAGUUAGGUUAUUGUGGAUUACUGCAUCCGUCCUGUUAUCGCCGCUGUCCGAUAAAAGGGUCAACGCACCCGCAAAAGGGGUUUCUUAGAUAUUCUUGAGCCCGUAAGGUCAACAGACGCUACAUUGUGUCCACCAAUGAAAAAGACUGCUUCAAGGGCCAGCACUCUACGAUCCGCGCUUUGGUUGAGCCGGGCAUGCUUGGGGGGACGGCAAACGAAUACACGCAUGCGCAAUCGCCUGUUUGCGCACCCGAAUUAACAGCACCUCACCUUAAUAUUUACCCGUGGCAGUCCACAACCGUCACACUUAAAAUCGUCCAGUUGCAAUUAGCUAAGUUAUUUUUCAAUUUGUGGAAUAUUCGUCAGAUUUAGACGCUGUAACAUAAUGAUUGCGGUCGUGUUGUUUUGCCUUGGGUGCAUAGGGUAUAUGUAUUUGCGCUGGCACUUCUCGGUGUUCCGGCGGCUCUCGAUUCCCGGACCGGAACCCAACAUCAUCACAGGGAACCUCGUGCAGAUCCUAAGAAUGGGGCAGUUGGAUGCGAUGCUGACCUGGGGCCGGAAGUACGGGCGCGUGUUUGGCUACUUCGAAGGCUGGACACCCGUAAUCGCGGUCGCUGACCCCGAUAUUCUCCGAGAAAUCCUCGUCAAGGACUUCAACAACUACCGCAGCAGAAAGCCGUUUCCACUGGCUCCACGGAAGUCGCUGGGUCUCUUCCUUGAGAACGGUGACCAAUGGAAGAAGAGCAGAACGUCACUGACCCCAGCGUUCUCCAGCGGUAAGCUGCGUGACAUGUUCGCCACCAUCAACAGCAGUGUCGACCAUCUCGUCUGCAACACAGACGACAAGUGCAACAUCGGGGAAACGUUCGAUGUGUACAGUCUGUACCAACGCCUUACUUUGGAUGUAAUCGGACAGUGCGCGUUCGGUCUGCAGACGAACGUCCAAACGGACGAGAAUGACGACUUCCUGAACAACAUCCGGGUCCUCUUUGACGGACUGUCCAAAACCAUCCUCCAGCCAUUAGUCAUGCUGAUGCCGUUCGUGUCACACUUUGUGUUCGCGCUGAAGAAUAUCGUGUUUCUUUUCGGUAUGAACCCCGUAGUGCGCCUGCGCAACCAGAUGAGGGAGGUGGUCAAGAUCCGCAAGCAGAUGGGGAAUGAUAACAUCCAACCGGAUCUUGUUCAGCUGAUGGUGUUCCCGAAUAGCGACGGCAAACGGAAGUCCGUGGUGCCUAUGAGCGACCGCGAAAUAGUCGCGCAGAGUUUGACUUUUCUGCUGGCCGGAUACGAGACUACGUCAGCAGUUCUCGCGUUCCUCACGCACGUGCUAGCUACGCACGAUGACGUGCAGACGAAACUUUGCCAGGAAGUGGACGAGGUGCUUCAGGACAAGAAAGUGACGUAUGAGCUGGUCAAUAAGAUGACGUACUAUGACACGGUCAUUGACGAGGUGUGCCGAUUGUACCCCACUGCUUCCAUGAUUGUGACACGCGUGGGCGCCUGUAGCCGGAAGUACAAGGGCAUCAGGUUCCCGGCCGGCAUGGCAAUCCAGGGUAACAUCUGGGCCCUGCAUCGUGACCAGGAGUACUGGGAGGACCCAGAGGAGUUCCGGCCUGAGAGGUUUGCAACCGAAAACAAGUCCAACAUUCGACCGUACAGUUUCUUACCGUUUGGGGCGGGUCCCCGGAUGUGCAUCGGCCAGAGGUUCGCCCUUCUUGAGAUCAAGGUGGCCGUCUGCCGGAUACUGCAGCACUUCACAUUUGUCAAGGCCUCAGAAACCGCAGACAAGUUAACCCUACUAACGAGGGGUGCAAUUGUACCUCGUGAUGGCGUGAAUCUUAGAGUCACCAGACGACAUUCUAUUUGAAAGCAACCGGAUGUUUAUCCGGUAUUCCAUCACAUAAGCUCGACAAAGAAGCACAUACAAAAUAAAUUAUUAUAUUGUUUGCUACUCGAUUAACACCUUUGUAUACUUCUAUGAUCACAUAUAUCUGUGAAUAACAUGGCACUGGGUCUUGGGCCUUAUCCAGCAAUAUUCAAAUUAAAACCUUGAACACAAUUCAUACGUGGUAGGUGUACUUUUUCUUCAGUGUGAUGAAAAAAGAUUUAAGAUAUCCAUAUUUCUGAUAUACUAUGAGUUAAGAUUUUGUAUGCUAGUUUUUAUAUAUAAUAACAUUGUGUUACUAUAGUGUAGAAUUCAGGUAGCUAUUGUGUUCAAAUACAAGACAUGUUGGGGUAAAAUGCAGUGAUCUUAAAACUUUAACAGAAUAAAUAAGUAAUUGUCGAAGACACUUUUAACUUAUAUUGCAACGACAUGUAACAAAUGGUAAUCGUGCGAGUUUUUGUUGAAUGUUUGGUACUUUUAAGUGUUUAAAUGUGACCUACUCUGUACAUUGAUGUAUUACAUGUAUGUGUUGAUUUUACUUUUUUGUUUGCCAUUUUUACUUGAAGCUGAUGUUUGUAUAUAUAUUAUUACCGCAUGAGAUUUCCAUUUGAACUGUAUCUCAAUAUUAUGUGUAAUGUUAUUAUGUUCAAUAUUAAAGUAUAUUCUAUUCAAAAGAUAAGAAGCCAAUACAUGAUUAAGUACCACUUGGAACUCCAAAAUGUAAAAUGUUGUAAACGGAAAAUGUUUUAUUACUAGUUGUUUGUUUGUUCAUGCACUGUAGGUAGGUUUGAAAAACUCAAGUAGACGCUAAACAUAGAAUCAAAGUCGUAUUUCGCACCGCACUGAAAUAUGACGUUUUAUAUGGGAUACUACUUUUGUUUGUUUAUAUGUGGAAGGAGUUUUGUUUGUGUAUGUAUUUUUACAUUGUUAUCAAGUAACACUAUAUAUUUAAAUUAUUAGAAAUAAUUAUGUAAUGUUAA